GUUGAGGGUUGUCAGUGUCAUGAACCACCUUCUUGAAUGCUACCUCGACCAGUUUACGAAUUCGUCAAGAACGAGCCUCCAUAAUAGGAGGAAUCGGCAAACGAUGGUUACUUAUAUUAGUACUCUUAUUGAAGGCUAUAUCAGAGGUAGCGGCAUUGAACCUGAAUCGGCCGUCCGUGACACAAUUAUGGCUAUUGUUAGAUACCACGAAGGGAACCGGGCGGCUAAUGGUUCAGUCUGUAUGAUGGGUCGGUACCACAAUAUUUUAUAUGUGGCUGUCAAAAUCUGCUACGAUUGGCAAUUGAAAGAUACAGGGACGGUUUUAGCUCUGUUGGAAAGUAUCUACGCUUGUGAAAGGACCUACGAAAGGAUUUUCAUUGGGGCCAUUUUUGGUAAUAGGGCUCCUUAUUAUAUUGCCGGCUGGAAGAGCGAUUUUGAUAGUCAGGAAGAAAACCUGAGAGCUAUUGUCUACUUUAUAGACCAUGCAACGACGGGAGGAUUAGAAUUUGAUUCUGAAAGGUUUAUAGAUGUCCCAUUGGAGAGUUGUGGAAGUGAUAACCCAACUCCAGCCAAAAUAGCUCUCCAAUUGGGGCUCCCAGACAAGCUUCAUAUUUUUCUAAGAUAUGGAGCAAAAACUGAAGACAGUUUGGUCAUCUUUGUCAUGAAAAAACUAAUGGAGUUUUGUCACGUGUACCCUUACAACAUUGUAGCCUGCCUCCAACUUCUCCUAAGAGUUAUUCCAAAAAUCAAUUUAGAAACUAAAUUAAUAUUUGAAAAUUAUGCAGAAUUAGUAGAGGACGGUUUGAUCCCUUUGAAACGCUGUGGUGUCCAAGUCCCGGAAUUAAAACACUUGACUCGUUGCACUAUCCGGAAUCAACUCUGGUUAAACUACCAACUCCCCUCCGGAAUCCGGACACUCUCAAUCCCAGACUCCCUAAAACGCUAUUUAGACAUAAUGGAAGACUGACUCACUUGUAUGCCUCUUCUGACACGUUAAUCCGUCCAGGUUCGCCGGUUGUUUCAGUGCGACUUGUUAAGUUGACAGUGUUGCCAAAAAGGCAAUAUCGAGGCAUCCUGUGACCUAUAACCCCCGUUACGACUUCACCAGAAUGU